AUGACUGAAAUCUUCAUGACCCACCUAGAAGAAAAAGCCCUGGAAACAUACCCCAUUACACCCCUCUGUUGGUUCCGGAAAGUGGACGAUACCUUUGUCAUCCUUAAGCCUGGCAGCGACCCUAAAGCUCUACUAGACCACAUCAACUCCCAAAACCCACGUAUCCAGGUCACCAUGGAAGAAGAGUCCAACCUCAAGAAAGGAAUCAUCUCCAACCUAGUACACCGAGCCCACAACAUCUGCUCCACCAAGCAACACCUUACCGCGGAACUCCAGCACCUAAAACAAGUCUUCACACAGUACAACAACUACCCUGAACAGCUUGUGCAACAAACCAUACAGAACUUCAACAAUAAAACAGAGAGAGACCCACCCGUCAACAAUCUGCACCCUUUGUCAUCAGCCUCCCCUACUACGGAAUUGUCAGCCACAAGGUCCAGAGACUCCCCAAAAAACAGGCUAACAAAGAUGUUGUUUUCAAAAAGAAGUAACACCAUCCCCAACAUCAUCAAAACGACUGGCAAGCCACCAACCAGCCAGAAACAACAUCCACAGGGAACAGUUUACCACGUCUCCUGCGACUGUGGACAGACCUACGUAGGUGAAACAUCAAGACCCCUCAAAAUCCAAAUCAAAGAACAUCAGACCUCAGUAUCCAAACUAGACUCAAAAUCAGCCCUUUCAGACCACAUCAAAGACAAUCCCGACCAUAGUAUCCAGUGGGACAGAACCAAAACCCCAACAACCAACCUCAAAGACCAUAAACUCAGGAAACUCCAAGAAGCCAUCUACAUCAAAAGACUCCAGCCAUCAAGUUACUACACCAAGGUUACUACAUACCUCCUGCAUACUACCAAAGAUCCUCAUCAUCGAUAA